AUGUUGACCAACUCGACGACGCGCGAGCUCGGAAAAGGGCCCGAGAAGCUCAAGUACUUGACCGGCACGCGCGAAUGCGACCUUCCGUUCAGUCAUGGACUGUGCGGCAACUUACGAGCGUUCUGCUGCCUUCGACCGGGCUGCUUGUCGCCAAAGAGUGCUUGGAUGCCGUUUGCGUGGAAGCCCGUCGGCAAAAUCGAGCGCGACUCGGACCAGAUCUGGAACCAUUUGUGGGAAAACAAGUACUAUAGUUGCUGCUAA